AUGAGUUUUAUGCCUAAUGGGUCAAACCCAGAAACAGCCUCAUUUACAUGUAAUACAUGUGGAGUAAAAUUCAUCAACGCAGAAUUACAAAGACAACAUAUGAAAACCGAAUGGCAUCGAUAUAAUUUAAAAAGAAGAGUUGCCAGUUUGCCUUCUAUUUCAUCCGAACUUUUUGCAGAAAAGAUUCUUAGCCUGAAGAAUUUAACUAAAAAUGAAAAUGAAGAUGAAUUUGGAUUUUAUGUGGCUACAAGAAAGAAAAAGAAUAAUAGUAGAGGAGGAAAUAAACAAGUAACAAAAAAAUUCCUUAAAACUCAACAAUAUAAUAGAGGUAGAACAGGUGAAAUUAUGGGUGCCGAGAUAAGAAGUUCAAGUCCUGCUAGUUCUAUUGCGUCCGAAUUUUCCCAAUUUUCAAUCGACGAUUCCGAAUAUCACGAAGUUGAAUCUGUUGAAACAGGUUCUGAGUUGAAUUAUACUGAAGAAUCCGAUUAUACCGAUUUAGAAGGUGAACUUUAUUCGGAAGAAGAGGAUGGAGAUGUGGGCCAAGAUGAUGUCGAUUCGGAGGAAGAAAUGGAAUGCAUACCUAUUACACAUUGUUUUUAUUGUGGAGCUAACAACCAUGAGAUUGAAAACAAUAUUAAGCAUAUGUUUAGUAAACAUGGGUUAUACAUCCCUGAAAGAUCAUUCUUGGUUGAUGUCACUGGAUUAUUGGAAUACCUCAGUGAAGUUAUAUCUUUAGAUCAUGAAUGUUUGGUUUGUGGGUUUGAAGGGAAGAAUCUAGAAAGUAUCAGACAACAUAUUAAUUCAAAGGGGCAUUGUAAAAUUCCAUAUGAAACAAAGGAAGAAAAAUUGGCAGUUUCGGAAUUUUAUGAUUUCAUUGGAGAAGAUUAUGAUGAGAAAGUUGCAAAUGAAAAGGAUACCGAUAUCAAGACUAAAAAACAUGUUGGAUUCAGCGAUGAUACUACUUCUUACAAUGAUGCUACUUCUCACGAUAAAGAUGAAGUAGAUGAAGAAACUGAAGGCAAUGGUAUAAAUGACAACUAUGCGUUGGUACAAAUUGAUUCAUCCGGAGUUGAACUAACAACACCUACAGGUUCAAGAAUUGGACAUAGAUCAAUGCAAAGAUACUAUAGACAAAACAUACAAUUACCAAGAGAAUACACUGCAGCUCAAACCACCCAAGCUUUAGUUGAUAGAAGAUUUGCACCAGGUUUAACUGCGUAUCAAGCAACCAAACAAGAAAAAGAGGUUAGAAAACUAGAAAACAAAGCUAGAAACGACCGUGAAAGAAGAACCAACAAACCAAAGAAAGUCAAUUUCCAAAAACAUUUCCGUGAUGAAAUCUUAGGUACUUGA